GAAGUUUCAUCUCGUUUAGUGGCAACAUACUUGUUCAGAGUUUCUUGACAGACAAAUUCACUAAUUAAAUUAAAACAAAGGACUUUGCUCACGGCCACACCAACUAAAUGCCGUUAAGCUUAAAUGAAUGCGAUUUGGAUGCUGCAGCAGAUCCUGCAGGACAUGUGGGUGGACCCGCAGAUCCUGGCCGAGCUGGACGACGACCAGAAGCAGACGCUGUUCUGCCGCAUGCGCGAGGAGCAGGUGCGGCGGUGGACGGCGUGGGACCGGCGCCAGGACGACCGCGUGACGUCACGGCGACCCGGCGCAGCGCAAAAACAGGUAAAAUUCCUGCUGGGUGAGGAUGGAGAGCCGUGGGUGUGGGUGAUGGGCGAGCACCCUAACGACCCCACCAUCGACCAAAUACUGGAGCUGGAGGCGCGCGAAGAGGCCCGGAGACUGGCCGAGCUGGAGGCCAAGCACAUGAGGUUGAAGAUGGAGGCGGAGCUCAGCCAGUUGCUCGACCUGAACGCCCAGCACAUCAAGGCCAUGGAGGUGUCCCAGAUGAAGGACAGGGCGGAAGACGAAGCCAACACGUACUGCUCGGUGGACGAUCUGAUGCACUCGCGGCUCGACAAGCCACUCGCGGCACUCGCUGGCGAGAACCUCCCGGCUGAGAAGCAGAAUGGCGCGCAGAACGCCUCUCUCGGGAAGCAGAGCAAGGUGGUGCAGGGCGUGGCUCUGUGGGAGCGGCGGGUGACGGAGGAGCGCACCUCGCAGAUCUUCAGGAACCUGCGGGACAGGAAGGCAGAGGUGGAGCGUGAGGCGCUGGAGGCAGAGAGCAGACAGGAGCUCAUGUGGCAGGAACAAGAACGGAGGGCGAAAGAGGCGGAGCAGCAGAUCAGGGAGAUAGCGCGUCGAGCGAGAGAGGAGCAUCGCCGCACUUCCGUUCUUGACUCGUUGCCUCAAACACCUACGAGUCCAUCACCCGGCAGCACGGCCCCCGAGACUGCCCCCUCCUCGCCGCUCAGCAGGGAGGCUGUGGUCCAGUGGUACCUGUGCAGCGAGGUCCCCAGAGGCGCCGGCAUCUGCCUCGACACUGUCCAGCCCUGGUUCCACGGCUUGAUCACCAGGCAGGAGGCGGAGUCCCUCCUCCAGGGCCGGCCUGUGGGCUCCUUCCUCGUCAGGGUGUCGGAGAAGGUGUGGGGCUACGCCAUCAGCUACCGGGACGCAGACCGGUGCAAGCACUACCUCGUUGACGCUUCCAGCGGCCAUUACCAGUUCCUCGGCGCCAACCACCUCGUCCACGAUUCCUUGGCGGACAUGGUGACGUACCACACGCGCAACGCCAUUACUGCGGCCGGCGGCGAGCUGCUCAAGCUGCCCUGCCCGCACGGAGCCGUCCCGGCCAUCCUGCGAGGGGUGUCGUGGUCGUAGUGGCAGCAGUGAGGCCCGCGACACUCUGGCCGUCUCCGCGACCCACCAAGUGCCUCCCCGCUCAUUCCGCGCGGUCGCGUCUGUGUUACCACGUACCUGCGCUUUCCAUUACGCCCGCAGUCAACAGUUCAGGAAUACCAUGUUCAAGGAAGAGAAUGAUGAACACAAGUGAACUUCCAUACCUUGGCAUUUAUCGAGUAUAUGUACAUAUAGUGAAUGUAUAGUUCCUCACAAAACUUGAGUAUGAACAUAGUUGUUUCAUAAAAUAAGAGUAAUAGGUUAACCUAUUUUUAAUAUGUUCAGAGUGUAUUUUACAAAAUUUAAUUCGUACUGCUGUAAUUAUUUAAUGUUCACUGCAUAGAUAGAAUAAAUUUUUUUCUAUUGUU